AUGAGUAUUAAAGGAGAAUUAGAUGAAUCUAAAAAAAAAACUGAAGAAAAAGAUCAAUAUAAUAGUGUUUUAACAGAAAACACUGCUGAAGAAAAAAAAAUAGAUAUUAAUACAUUAGAUGAUGAUGAUGAAUUUGAAGAUUUUCAGGCAGAAGACUGGACAGAAGCUGAUACUGACCUUGGAAUAAGUAAAGAUAAAUUAUGGGAUGAUAAUUGGGAUGAUGAUGAUAUUGAAGAUUCGUUUUCUAUAAGCUUAAGAGCUGAACUUCAAAAAUUUCAAACACCAUCUGUUUAA